CUGUCAAUUUUUGCCUGUGCUGGGAACAAGAGCUGCUGUUUUAAAGAAAUAAAGACUUGCACUGUUUUGACUUAGUCCAGAGUUUGGCUUACUGUAACUUAUUUCUUUACUUGCAAGUGUACACCGAACUUCUGAUAAAGACAAGUGACUCAACAGAUUUAUACUGACUUAUAAUUUAAACUAUACCAAAAUAGAAAUAUUUCAGGAAUCGGAAUAGGUCAGGACAUCUUGAGUAUAAAACAGUGUUUCUCCAGAGUAAACUUCACAGUGCUACAAACCUACGAUAGCAAGAGGAUUGAGAACGCUGCUCCUGAACACAAUGAUAAGUCUGUUACUCCUACUGUGCUGUACUUCAUACUACAGUGCUGAACAAACCUGCCCUGAGGUGAAGCUGGUGGGUCUGAAUGACAAUGAGAGGCUGACUUUCCUCCAAGGGUGUCCAGGACUUCCUGGGGUGCCGGGGACCAAUGGCAUUCCUGGAACCCCGGGCAGUAAAGGGGAUCAGGGUUUUGCGGGGGGUAAAGGCAUGAAAGGAGACCCUGGAGUACCUGGAAAGAUGGGUCCAGUUGGUGACAAAGGAGUGAAGGGUGACUCUGGACCCAUUGGAAAUCCAGGCCCAGCAGGACCCAAAGGGGAAAAUGGAGAUUGUCAAUCCUCAAUUCAAACAGGUGCUGUGAGCUGUAAGGAGCUGCUGGAGCAAGGAAACACACUGAGUGGCUGGUACACAGUGUACACCGCCAGCAAGAAACCCAUCAGUGUGUUCUGUGACAUGCACACAGACGGAGGAGGCUGGCUUGUGUUUCAGAGACGUAUGGAUGGAUCAGUGGAUUUCUUUCAGGACUGGAAUUCAUACAAGAGAGGGUUUGGCAUCAAGCAGACAGAGUUUUGGCUGGGAAAUGAGAACAUUCAUUUAUUAACAGCAACAGGUUCUCAUGAAUUACGCAUCGAUUUUGAAGACUUUGACCAUGUAAAAACCUUUGCAAAAUACGAGUCCUUUCAAAUCUUGGGGGAAUCUGAGAACUAUAAACUCGUGCUGGGUGUAUUUACAAGUGGUACUGCUGGUGACUCUCUAACAGGGCACAACAACAUGUCCUUCUCUACUAAGGAUCACGACCUAACUGCACAUCGGUGUCCUGAAGUUUAUAAAGGAGCCUGGUGGUAUAAUCAAUGCCAUAACUCCAAUCUGAACGGUCUAUAUAAAAAUGGACCCCAUGAAACAUAUGCAGAUGGAAUCAACUGGCUGUCAGGGAAAGGACACAAUUAUUCCUACAAAUACACUGACAUGAAAAUCAGACUCAAAUAAAAUAUAAAUCAUAAGAACUAUCUUGCCACUGCUGUGAUCCAAUGUCAUCACUCAGGACAGGAUGAACUACUAAGACAUGUUUAUCUUAACAAUGAUUAAUAGAUUAAUAAAGAGAGUUAUAUUUGUGCUGAGUUAUGUCUGAGAAGUUUUGUCUCUUAAUAAGUACCUUUAAAAGUACCGUUUGUUCACUGCACUGCAAAAAAUGAUUUUCUUGACAAGUAUUUUUGUCUUGUAUUC